ACCCCCCUCCAAAAAAAAGAGAGAGGAGAAGGAAACGGCGCCAGGAAACCAGAGGAGGAAACGUGGAGGCCAACACCAUGGAGAACGCGCACACAAAGACGGUGGACGAAGUUUUAAGUUAUUUUAACCUGAACGAGACCACGGGCCUGAGCUUGGAGCAAGUGAAGAAGCAGAGGGAGAAAUGGGGACCCAAUGAAUUACCAGCGGAAGAAGGCAAAUCGCUAUGGGAGUUGGUGGUAGAGCAAUUUGAAGACUUGUUGGUCAGAAUUCUGCUGUUGGCAGCAUGUAUAUCAUUUGUUCUGGCCUGGUUCGAAGAAGGUGAAGAGACCGUAACCGCCUUCGUGGAGCCCUUCGUAAUCUUAUUAAUCCUAAUAGCGAACGCCGUGGUGGGGGUGUGGCAGGAAAGAAAUGCAGAAAAUGCCAUCGAGGCCCUUAAAGAAUACGAGCCUGAGAUGGGGAAGGUUUACCGACAGGACCGCAAGAGCGUCCAGAGGAUCAAAGCCAGAGAGAUCGUCCCUGGCGACAUCGUGGAGGUAGCCGUUGGUGACAAAGUCCCGGCAGACAUCAGGCUGACGUCCAUCAAAUCCACCACAUUGAGGGUCGAUCAGUCUAUUCUCACAGGUGAAUCUGUGUCGAUUAUUAAGCACACGGACCCUGUGCCCGAUCCCCGAGCCGUCAAUCAGGACAAGAAGAACAUGCUCUUCUCGGGCACCAACAUUUCCGCCGGGCGGGCUAUUGGGGUGGCGGUGGCCACGGGCCAGAGCACGGAGAUUGGCAAAAUCCGUGAUGAGAUGGCGGCCACGGAACAGGAGAGGACCCCACUGCAGCAGAAACUGGAUGAGUUCGGGGAGCAGCUCUCCAAGGUCAUCUCCCUGAUAUGCAUCGCCGUGUGGAUCAUCAACAUCGGACACUUCAACGACCCCGUGCACGGCGGCUCCUGGAUCCGCGGCGCCAUCUACUACUUCAAGAUCGCGGUGGCCCUGGCCGUGGCCGCCAUCCCCGAGGGUCUCCCCGCUGUCAUCACCACCUGCCUGGCCCUCGGCACCCGCCGCAUGGCCAAGAAAAACGCCAUCGUCCGCAGCCUGCCCUCCGUCGAGACCCUCGGCUGCACCUCUGUCAUCUGCUCUGACAAGACCGGCACCCUGACCACCAACCAGAUGUCCGUCUGCCGGAUGUUCAUCAUCGACAAAGUUGACGGCGAUCAUUGCGCCCUGAAGGAGUUCACCAUCAGUGGUUCCACCUACAGCCCCGAUGGGGAAGUACACAUGGAUGAGAAGCUUGUGAAAUGCUCCAACUACGACGGCCUGGUGGAAGUCGCCACCAUCUGCGCCCUGUGUAACGAUUCUUCACUGGAUUACAAUGAGACUAAAGGAGUGUUUGAGAAGGUGGGGGAGGCCACAGAGACCGCCCUCUGCUGUCUGGUGGAGAAAAUGAACGUCUUUGACACGGACGUGGUCAAUCUGUCCAAGAUCGAGAAAGCCAACGCCUGCUGCUCGGUCAUCAAGCAACUGAUGAAGAAGGAAUUCACCCUGGAGUUCUCCCGAGACCGGAAAUCCAUGUCUGUUUACUGCUCGCCCAACAAACCCAGUCGCUCCUCCAUUGGCAAUAAAAUGUUUAUUAAGGGUGCACCCGAGGGCGUGCUCGACCGGUGCACACACGUUCGGGUGGGAACCGCAAAAGUGCCUCUGACCAAACUCAUCAAAGAGAAAAUCAUGGCGGUAAUCAAAGAGUGGGGGACGGGCAGGGACACACUGCGCUGCUUGGCCCUCGCCACACACGACAAUCCUAUCAGGAGGGAGGACAUGAAACUGGAGGAUUGUACCAAGUUCAUCACUUACGAGACUGACCUGACCUUCGUAGGGUGUGUUGGGAUGUUGGACCCUCCCAGGGCUGAGGUGACCAGCUCCAUCAAGAUGUGCAAACACGCCGGCAUCCGGGUCAUCAUGAUCACCGGCGACAACAAGGGCACGGCCGUGGCCAUUUGCCGGCGUAUCGGCAUCUUUGGCGAGCACGAGGACGUUGCCAAGAAGGCCUUCACUGGCCGGGAGUUUGACGAUCUGUCCAUGGCCGAGCAGAGGGAUGCCUGUCUGAACGCCCGCUGCUUCGCCCGCGUCGAGCCCUCGCACAAGUCCAAGAUCGUGGAGUUCCUGCAGAGCUUCGACGACAUCACGGCCAUGACGGGCGAUGGUGUGAAUGACGCCCCUGCACUGAAAAAAGCUGAGAUUGGGAUUGCGAUGGGCUCGGGCACGGCUGUGGCCAAGUCAGCCUCAGAGAUGAUCCUCGCCGACGACAACUUCUCCACCAUCGUGGCCGCAGUGGAGGAGGGGAGAGCCAUCUACAACAACAUGAAACAGUUCAUCCGCUACCUCAUCUCCUCUAACGUGGGUGAGGUCGUCUGUAUCUUUCUGACAGCGGCGCUGGGCUUCCCGGAGGCACUGAUCCCUGUGCAGCUCCUGUGGGUGAACCUGGUGACGGACGGUCUCCCCGCCACCGCCCUCGGGUUCAACCCCCCUGACCUGGACAUCAUGGACAAGCCCCCUCGCAGCCCCAAGGAGCCCCUCAUCAGUGGCUGGCUUUUCUUCCGUUAUCUGGCCAUCGGAUGUUAUGUUGGAGCUGCGACAGUGGGAGCCGCCGCCUGGUGGUUCAUAGCGGCUGAGGACGGCCCGAGGGUCACCUAUUACCAACUGAGCCACUUCAUGCAGUGCAGUCCGGAUAACCCGGAGUUUGAAGGGCUAGACUGCGGGGUGUUCGAGUCUCCGUAUCCCAUGACCAUGGCUCUCUCUGUUCUGGUCACCAUCGAGAUGUGCAACGCUCUCAACAGUUUAUCAGAGAACCAGUCACUGCUGAAAAUGCCACCCUGGGAAAAUGUCUGGUUGCUGGGUUCCAUCUGCCUGUCCAUGUCGCUCCACUUCCUCAUCCUCUAUGUGGAGCCUCUACCGCUCAUCUUCCAAAUAACGCCUCUGGAUGUGACCCAAUGGCUGAUGGUGCUAAAGAUCUCCCUCCCCGUCAUCCUCCUAGACGAAGCCCUCAAAUUUAUUGCUCGUAACUACCUUGAACCGGGUAAAGAGUAUUCUCCACCUAAUGACAAAGCCUGUGCUUUCUCGGCAUGUACAGAGGGGAUAUCCUGGCCUUUUGUGUUUCUGUCUGCGCCCCUGCUUAUCUGGCUUUACAGUACAGACACUAAUGUUACUGAAAUGUUCUGGUCUUGACGUAGAACAGUACCCUCCCCACCCCCAGCGUAGCGAAGACACACGGCAACCGAUUUAACUCUAUUAUAUAUAUAAAAAAACUUUUUAUCAUUUAGACACGUGAUUCAAGAGUCUGUUUUCUGCUGAAUUUCAUACCGGCCCAUUAUUGUGGAUAAAGUUGUAUAAUAUUAUCCCUCCCUUCCCCACCCCUUUCCAUCCCUCAACACCCUCUCUCGUCUCCUCUCACCCACAACCGCCGACUCUCCCCCCAGAAUUAAACGGACUUUUUUUUUUUACACACAUCAUGAAUUUGAGGAAAACAACAACAAAAAGAACCCUUUUUAAAAAAUAAUAAAAAUAACAGAAGCUGUGUAUUGACGUGUGCAGAGAUCAACAAUAUUUUAUGCAAUAUUUUUGUUUUUGUAGAUGAAAUCGCAUGUACAGAAAGUGUUCUGUUUACUAAUUUGUUCAUCGCUUGUGUAUAAAUUCCUGAAGAACCGAUGAGUUAUUGGAUGUAUUUUUUUUUGGGUGGGGGGGGGAGGGGUCUUGAAAGAAUACAGCAAAUACUCGAGAGAAUGUAAAGAGAUUUCUUUUUGCUGGGGAGGGUGGGGGGAUUACAAACUGAAGAUGGGGUGGUGGGGGUAGCAGGUGGGGAAGAUAGGAAAGAAAGCAUGGUGUGUCAUUGCAUGAGUUCUGAAACAGACUUCAUUUUGUGCCUUCUGUUGAAACUAACUUUAGCUCAAGAACUUUGCUUUCUGCUCUUGGCAGAGCAUUGCUACCUCAGACUCAGUUUCCUCACCCUUCUCUCUGUGUUCAUUCCUGUGCUCUCUACUCUGUACUGUUUACAGUUUACAUUGGUUAAAAUAUCAUUCCCGCUUAUGCAGAACUCUUACCUUUUUUUCCUCCCCUAAUCAUCCCCACUCCCUUGUAAUUUCUUUUCUCGCUCUUCUCUCUCCUCUCCCCACCCCUUCCCCCUCCUCCUAGAUUUUAAAGGGUAUUUAUUUGAGGGGAAAAAAAACAGUUGAUUUGUAUUUUGUUGUUAAUGAUCUGACAGGUUUCCUUAGAGUUAUUUUGUGAGUGUGUGUGUGUGUGUGUGUGGAAGUUCACCAGUUGAUGGUGUAACAUCGUUGGUUACUUCUCUUUACUAGAUGGAGAAACAAAAUAAUAAAAAAUCUUUUUAAGAUUUAACAGAGA